AUGAUUUAAGAAAACGGAACAGGAUUGUCUUAUUUGACAAAGAUUGGUAUUAAAAACACUAGAAACAAUAGAUAUUUGAGCCAUCAAUAUACUUAUGAUACAGAAAAAAAUGAAUUAACAGGCAAUUCGGUUUAAAUGAGCGCAAUUCAUCCUUUUUUAAAAUAAUAAACACAAGUUUAAGAAACUGAUUCCAUUGAAGAAUUCAUAAUUUAUAAUUCCUAAAAUUAGGAUUAUCCAGGGUUUAUUUUGUUUGGUUCCUAAGUGCAUAUAAAGAAUAGUUAAGGGUAUUAUUUACUAUGCCAAGCAGAUGGUUCAUUAAAAAUGGAAAAGCCAGAGUAUGAAGAGAAUUUUUAAAACGGGAUAACUUUUAAGUCAGCAAAAUGGACUUUAGUUGAUGCAAAUAAUCAACAAUCAAAAAGAUAAAUUCAUGUUUAUGAGGAAAUUGCUUUUAAAUCGCCAUAUGGAAAUUACUUAAUAUGUGAAAAUUUAAAUACUGUAAGUGCCAAUAGUCCAAAUAUUUCUCCUGACUCUAUGUGGAGAAUUUGUAAGAGUCAUAUACCUUUCAUGCCAACAUGGACAGAGCCUACUGAUUUUAGCUCAUUUUUGACAGCAACAAAUACACAGAUAGCAUAUUAAGAAAAAUAAUAAUUACUUAACAAAACAUAAGAGAAAAAAAAUCUAGGAGCAAUGAGUCCCUAAUUACAAGAGCUUUAUUUAAUCGAAGAUUUACUAUUUGUCAUGACAGGAAUAGAAGGAAAUUAUAUCAAGAAAAAGGCAGAUUAGUACAGAAAACCCUAUAUUUAUUGCAUCGAACCAUACUUAGAAACUUCAACAUGUGAAAGUUCUUUGAAAUAAUUAGUUAAUAAAAUUCUUGAAAUUUGCUUACAGUAUGAUAAAAUAUAAAAUUACAUUGCAUAGCAUUAAUAAUUUUCUUUUGGAACUGUUUCGCAGGCUCUUUGUGCUGCAUUAGGACUUCUCCUUAGAGAGUAUGUUGUAAUGAUUAACUAACUCGAUUAAGAGUUCCAGAAAGCAGAGCUUACUUUGCAAAAAUUAUGGUUUUACAUACAGCCAUCUCUUAAAGUUAUGGAAGCAUUAUACAAGCUAGUAUCUGAAACAGAAAAUUAUAAGGGAGGAGAAUUAUUGAGUAAAUUGUAUGAUUUGCUUAAAAAUACUAGUGACAAAUAGAUAGUUGAUAUAUAUUAUUAUGUUUUGUAGAAAUCUUUUGCUCCAUAUGUUUAAAUGCUUUCAUAGUGGAUUUAUUAUGGUUAAAUUGAUGACUUAUUCUAAGAGUUUUUUAUAUAGGAAAAUGUUUUUGUUAAGAGGGAUAACAUUUCAAAAGAUUUUAAAGAAAAUUACUGGGAUUAGAGAUUCAUUUUGAGGGAGAAAUAAGUACCAGCAUUCCUUUAUUUGUGGAAGGAAAUGGUUUUUAAGACAGGUAAAUAUCUCAGUGUGUUGAGUGAGCAUGAAGGAAAAGUUGUUUCUAGUCCUUUUGAAUUAGAUUUGGUUUAAAAUUACGAAACUUACUUGUAAAUGUAAGAUUUUUCAUAACCAAUUUAAAAGGCUUACGAAUGGGCAAAUGCUUAAAUAAUGCAUUUGGUUGUUGUCGAUUAAGAUUUAUAAGGCAGAUUAAAGUCAAUAAAAAAUUAUUUCUUUUUGGAAAGAGGCGAUUUUUUCGUUUACUUCUUAGACAGUUCAGAAGAAGAACUCAUCAAGCAGGCAAGAUAAGUCUCAAAAGAAAAGUUAGAGAGUUUAUUAGAAAUGUCAAUUAGAACAAGCAGUCUGUCUUCAGAUCCUUAUGUUGAAGAUCUCACUUACGAGUUUAGUCAAUACACCCUAAAAGAACAGCUAUUUGCCUAUCAAAAUUCUUAAAUGAACCCAAAUCUUUUAAAUGAUUAAAAUCAAGAGAAGUUCAAAAUUCAUACUCCAGCUCUUACUUUGAAAGGAUUAGAUCUGUUUUCACUUGAUUACAGGAUCAAGUGGCCUCUUAAUUUAAUUUUUAACAGAAAAACUCUUACAAAAUACUAACUGAUUUUCCGUCAUUUAUUUAACUGCAAAUAUAUUGAAAGAUAGCUGAGUAAUGCAUGGCUUGUUCAAUAAUCCAUGAAAGAAUUAAAUGUAUAAAGAAUAUUUUUGAAAGGUUAUGCUCUAACUCAAAGAAUGAUCCAUUAUGUAAAAAAUUUCAUAUAUUAUAUUUGCUUUGAGGUAAUUGAAACUAAGUGGCAAAAGCUUAAAAGUAACUUGAAAUCAGUUUAAUAAUUCGAAGACAUCAUACAACACCACGAUUAAUUCUUAGAUGAAUGCUUAAAGGAAUGCGUUUUGCUCGAUACUUCCCUUAUAAACACAAUAUAAUCAAUAAAUUCUUGCUGUCAGACUUUUGCUCAAUUUAUAUAAAAUAACAUUUCAAUCAUUAAAAAGCCAGAAAGCCAAAAUACAGCUCAUCUUUUAAAUUAAGAUGAAAAGAAAACACCUUUGCAGUAAAGAAAGGAAUAAGUUGAAGAAUAAAGAAAGCAUGCUAGAAUUCUUGUUGCAGAAAAAAAUUACAAAGAUUUCUUUUAAAAAUACACUUAAAAAUUUGACUCGAGUUUGAAAGACCUUAUGAAAAUAAUUAACAAUAUGAUUACAAAAUAUGACACCUACUUAAUAAAUUUAAUUGCCAGAUUAGAUUUUGAUGGAUUCUACAGUAAUUAGUGGAGUUUCAAUUAAGGAGCUAUGGAAGGAUAAAAUUAAUUUUUUGAAAAUAAUAACAAUGAUAAAAAUUAAUCGUAUUAAAUGUUUUAGAAAAAGAUCUGA